CGUUUUCCAAAACUUAUCAAUUACAAGUAUUUUUUAUAGAAAGAAUUGCCCUAAAUAGGAUCAAAACAUGAUCAAAAUUCCUAAAUAAGAUAUUAAGUUUAUUAUUAUUCCCCAAAUAGGACUACAGUUUUACGUUUUUGCCCCUGAUGUAUUAAACAUCGUCCGACUUUUCUCCCAAUCAAUUCCCGUUAAUAUGCAACUUCUCUCAUGGCCAUGGAAUUGUAGCCCUUCCGCUGCGAUUGAACGACUCUGCCUGCUAUGAAACGCAGCCCCUACACCAUCAAUGGCGGCCGCCCUCCUCAUCGACGCCAAUCACACCUAUUUCUACGGUGAAAAUGGGUAAUCCUCUCCAACUUUCUUCUUCUUUCUUCUAAUAGAAUUAUUAGAGGCUUAGUAUUGUACUUGAAAUUAAACUCUCUUUAUAAUAAACAGCAUGAACUGUUGUGCCUGCUAUCCAAUUUUUUCAGCCACCUCAGCUAAUAAAUUAUCACCUCGUUCAGUUCAGUGUGUUUUUAUUGGCUAUGCUCUUGAUACCAAAAACUCGCAUAAAGGAGUAAUUUGGAACACGGAUCGAACUGUUCAUGCUUUACCUGUCUGUGUUACUAACCGUAGUUCUGCAGGCUUGCCAUCAGAUGGGGGUAUUCUUGGGUCUGUUCCCCAUCCUGUUGUCUAUCAAAUUUGUUUUUCUGCAGGUCAUUCCGCAAUAAAUUGUCCUUCUCGUUUCACACAACCGUCCGCCCCUGCUCUGUUGACUACUCCCGGUGACACUACUCCUGCUCUAUAGUUCCCUGAUUCAGGGGCCUCUGCUCAUAUGACUGCAUCUGAAGGUAUCCCCGUCUCUAUGGUGAACGUAAAGGGCCUUGCUCGUCUGAAGAAACAGGACCCGAAGGGGUCGGGACAGGGCAGCCAGAAGCCCGCCACUGCCCUCUUUAAGAAAGCUGAGGGCGAUGCCGCUGCCGGCAAGAGGAAGGCAGCGACCAAGGGGUCCCCCCGGCUACCAAAAAGCCGAAGAAGGGGGAUGUCGCCGAGAAGGAGCCCCCGGUCAUUAUCGCUGAUGAGCACCCCGCCUCCGGGGUGCAUGUGGAGAAGCCGUCGGGUGAAACGCCGGCGGGGGCAGAGGAGUUGCUGCCUGAGGUCCUCCAAGUCUCAUUCCCGAGGGGGACAUCCCUGGCCAGCGGCGCUGUCGACCCGGGGGCCAUCUUGAGGGGCAUAACCCCUGAGACUGAUAGGGCUGCCCUCGGGGCUUAUAACGAUGCGGCCCUCGAGGACCACAUC